CCACAGGUUUUUGAAAUAUCGCGCGACUCUCUGGAUUUUCAGGCGGAGGAGGAGGAGGCCAUAUCCCGCCAGGAAAGGAAGGGAGGGAGGGGAGCAGAGGCUGCCUUGUGUGUGAGAGAGAGAGAGAGAGAGAGCGCGAGGCGGCCAUUAUCGCCUGAGGCGAGGCCGAGCGAGGCCCUUCUUCUUCUUCCUCCUCCUCCUCAGAGUUUGAAAAUAUCUUUCAACUUUCAAGUUGACAAGACAAUGAUGAGAGUAUGAAGAGAAACGAGUAAUUUAGUCUUGACAUUGUACUGCUGUGUCUGACAGAUUAAAAGAAGAAAGAUGCAUUUCCCAGUGAAUUAAACAUCCUUUUGGAGUAGCUGAUCAUAACUAUGUGCUGAAAUUUCUAAUAUCAGCAAAGAUGGGUGUCUUUCUACUUCUGACUUGGAGUUUAUUCUUCAGUUUAGCAUGUGGGCACAGCCUAUUCACAUGUGAACCCAUUCAUAUCCCAAGAUGUUCAGGAAUGUCAUACAAUAUGACGUUUUUCCCCAAUAUAAUGGGACAUUACGAUCAGUAUAUUGCAGCUGUCCAUAUGGAGCCAUUUCUUCCUCUUCUGAAUAUUGAGUGUUCACCUGAUGUCCGUGCAUUUUUGUGCAAAGCAUUUGUGCCUAUCUGUGUGGAACCAGCACGUGUGAUUCACCCAUGCCGAAGUCUUUGUGAAAGGGUUUACUCUGACUGUAAACAACUCAUGGACACUUUUGGAAUCAUGUGGCCUGAGGAGCUUGAAUGCAACAGGUUGGAAGAUUGUGAUGAAAGUGCUGCUGUCACUGCUUCUGCAACCACAAGAGCCCAUGGCACUCGGAAGACCCCAGGACAACCUAGAAGGGAUUAUGGAUUUUGGUGCCCACGCCAUCUGCAGACCUCCAGUGGACAAGGCUACAAGUUUUUGGGAAUUGAUCAGUGUGCACCCCCCUGUCCCAACAUGUACUUCAGUAACCAUGAGCUAGAUGUUGCCAAAAGCUUCAUUGGAAUUGUUUCCAUUUUUUGCCUUUGUGCCACUCUUUUCACGUUCCUUACGUUUUUGAUUGAUGUUAAACGAUUCAGGUAUCCAGAGAGGCCAAUCAUAUAUUAUUCUGUUUGUUACAGCAUAGUGUCUCUUGUUUACUUCCUUGGCUUUCUCCUGGGAAAUAGAACAGCUUGCAAUCAAGUAGAUGAAAAACUACAGCUUGGUACAACCGUUGUUCUUGGUUCUCAGAACAAAGGCUGCACAAUUAUUUUUAUGGCCUUGUAUUUUUUCACAAUGGCAGGAACUGUAUGGUGGGUGAUUCUCACAGUCACUUGGUUCCUAGCUGCUGGACGUAAAUGGAGUUGUGAAGCUAUUGAACAAAAAGCAUUGUGGUUCCAUGCAGUUGCCUGGGGCAUGCCCGGCUUUCUCACUGUUAUGCUUCUGGCCAUGAACAAAGUAGAAGGUGACAACAUCAGUGGUGUUUGUUUUGUUGGCCUCUAUGACUUAGAUGUGUCCCGAUUCUUUGUCCUUUUGCCUUUGUGCCUUUGUGUUUUUGUUGGUUUGUCUCUUCUUCUAGCAGGAAUAAUUUCUCUAAACCAUGUGCGGCAAGUCAUACAGCAUGAUGGCAGAAAUCAAGAAAAGUUGAAGAAAUUCAUGAUUCGAAUUGGUGUUUUCAGUGGCUUAUACCUGGUACCUCUAGUAAUGCUCUUGGGAUGCUACAUCUAUGAACAAGUGUACAGGAAGACCUGGGAAAUCACAUGGGUGUAUGACCAUUGUGAUGAAUUUCAUAUACCCUGCCCUUAUCAGGUCAAGAUAUUAGCAAGGCCUGAAGUAUUUUUGUUUCUGAUGAAAUAUCUGAUGACUUUAAUUGUUGGCAUCUCUCCAGUCUUCUGGGUGGGAAGCAAAAAGACCUGUUCUGAAUGGGCAAAUUUCUUCACCAGAAAUCGCAAAAGAGACCCAAUCAAUGAAAGCCGGAGAGUGUUGCAAGAGUCAUGCGAAUUUUUCUUAAAGCACAACUCUAAAGUGAAACACAAAAAGAAGCACUACAAAUCCAGCUCUCACAAACUGAAGGUAAUUUCAAAAUCAAUGGGGACCAGCACAGGUGUCACAACCAAUCAUGGCACUUCUGCAAUAGCUAUUGCAAACCAUGAUUACUUGAGCCAAGAGACAUUCACUGAGAUAAAAAGCUGUCCAGAAUUAUCUGAGAGAAAUUUGGACGCAGAUGGAACACCCAGCCAGAAAGUGGAAGAAGAGGAGUUUGCCCACAGUGAGCAGAGUGGAUUGCCAACAGUAACCAGUCCUAAAGUGCCUUUGGAACAACUAGAAAAGAGUGGCAAGGCAGACAAUAAGCAAAAUAUCAACUUUUCAGAAAGCAUGAAGAGAAUGGCUGAAGGAAGGACAACUCCUAAAAGUGACGUUAUUGAAACUGUACCACUCCAGAUAAGCCAUCCACACCUUGAUGUUUCCCAGCCAGGCAGUAUCAAAGGGUCAGUCUUGCUAUCUGCCCAAUCUUCUUCAGAUUCAAGAAAAGCUCAGGAGUCUGGUCAUAGUUCAAAUGGUUGAAAGUGAAAACACAUAACUGUGAAUAACUUCAGGUCAUGAAAUACAUGGAUUCCUUGUUACACUGGAAAUGACUGUUGCAUUGUUAUCUUUCAAGUAAGCACUAUGCACAUCCUUUUAGAUUGCACUUCAGGCAAAACUGAAAUUUUAUUAUAAUGAUGCCUUGUGAUUAUUAGUUGUUUGCAUUCCAAAAGUGUACCAGCUACUUGUAGAUCUAAGGGGGGAAGAGCAGAAUGAACCUUACCACUUUGUAAAUCAUUGAAUGUGUCAGCAAUACACAGUUGUAGCAGUUUGAUAUCAUUU